CAUAGAGUCAUUAAUUAACUUUCUAAAUUGUAGAAUAAUGAACUGACAAGAUCGGCAGCUUCUGACGGAACUUAUCCUAACUCAAACGAAGAGCCUAGAUGACAGAAACCUAAUGGCUUUGAAUGAUCUAAAUGAGCAGAGAAAGAAGCUAGAAAGAGAACAUAAAGAACAAAUUGAAGAAUAUGAAAAAGCAAAGGAUGAAAGAAUUCAAGAGUACCUAAAGCUUAUUGAACAUGAAAAUGAUUUGUUUAAGAGUUGGAAGGCUCAAAAGGAUCAAAGUCAUCAGGCUAGUUUGGAAGAAAUAUACCAAAAGAUAACAGACUUGACAAAAUCAAUUCAAGAAGAUCCAGUAAAACAGAAAGUUUAUGAUUUUCAUUUAAGGAAUGAUAUCAAUCAGCACUCUAAUACGCUUAGAGAUAUUUCCGAAAGAGUUGCAUGAGACGAUCAGCAAGAAUUGAUCAAAAAUGAACAAGAGAACAGCGACACAAACCCAGGAAGUGACAUGGAAAACUCUGCUGGUUCUCAGAAUACUGGUGACUUAGAAGAUUCUCCAAGAAACGAAGACCCUAGCACCGCUCCCACAGCCCCAGUUCAAAUCUCUGAGCCUAAAACCGAUAAUUUAGGAAUUAAUACUGAAUUAUUGGAGUCCAAAGAAGAAACAAAAGAAAGCUGUAUUAAUGGAUCUACCGAAUCCAAUAAAACAAACUCUAAUCCUCUCCAAGAGUCAGACCUCAUGACAGCACAAGACCACAGCGCAUCAAACCCUUCUCCCACCCCCACUGCCACCCCUCAACCUCCUACUCAUAACUCAGACCCUACUUCUCCUCCCCUACUUCCCUCUUCAGAACCCCACCAACCAUCUGGCCCCACUGAAGACCCUAGCAUCCCCGAAGAUGAAGCUAAGCCAAGUGGAGAAGAGGACCAAGAAGUUCAAGAAGAAAUCCAAGCUUUAGCUGGGCAAGACCAGACUGAAGCCGAGAAAGGUGUAAACGAAAGCGAAGAAGAGGAACCUUGUGAUCAAGAGGAAGACGAAAGUGGAGAGACUGGACAGACUCUUAGUGAGAAAGAAGAGAAAGAGAGUCAAGAGAAAGAGGACAUGAGGGAAGGAAUGUUUCAUAGUGAUGAUGUUAUGAAAGAUGAAGAAGGCUCCCGAGAUCACUCAGAAGACCAUAUUGAUAACUUAGUUGACCCUGGGGACUCUAUUGAUAAAAAUGAUAUUGAACAGAAUCAUCAAUCUUUCUCUAAACAAGAAGAAUCAUCAGAAGAUCAGAUUAAUGAUGAUGUUAAUGGAAAUCAAGAUGAAUCUCAAGAAGUUAUCCCUGAACAGGAAGAAGAUUCUGGAGACAUGGAGGUUAUCGUAAAUGAGCCAAACAUAAAUGAAUCUAAUGCUAAUAUUCUACAAAAUCUUGAAAAAGAUGAUGUACUAGAAAAAGAUUUAGAUCAGGUUGAUAAACAAUCUCUGCAGAAUGAUAAAUUAGGAAUUAAUGCCAGUUCUGAAGAUGAUUCAGGAGAGGAUAAAGAGUCUAACCAUGUUGAAAAUGAUAGAAAAGAAUUCACUACAAGAGAAGACCAAAGCCAAGAUUUUAAUAUGAAACCUGAACAGAACUUGGAGAAAGAUAAGAAGCUUGAUGAAACGAAGCUUGAUAAUACUGAGAAGGCUCAGGAACAAAGAUUGACUGGAGAGGAGAAUGGAAAAGAUAUAUUGAAUAAGACAGAUAAAUCUGAUGGAGAGAGUGAUAUGCAGCAAAAAUUAGUGAAUAAUAGUGAUGAAAGUAAGGAAAAGGAAGAUAAUGGAAAGAAGAAAUAUCAAGAGUAUUAUAUUAGUAAGGAAUUGAUAACAAAUGAAAAAUCUAAACAAGAGAAAAAUUUUGAUGAAAAAAGAAGGUAUGAAAUUCAAGCUAAUAUUGUUAAAAAAGGAGUACCUCUAUCAAGACAUAACACAAAAGACUCAUAUGAAACAAAUUGCUCUCAUCAUGACAGAAAAAAUUUAAACUCAUACAAUUUUCCUCCUCAAGAUUCUCAACAACCCAAAACAAAACAACCAUAUUCCUCUAAGCCUCUCUCAGAACAAAAAAGAUACAGCAUUACCAGAACUUCUGUUAUCCUAGACCCAACUCCACUUCCAAAAGAAGAACAGGAAUUUUCUUCCAGACCUGUUGGCUUCCUCAACUUAAAUCCCUCUAAAACUUCACCUAAAUCCAAGCCUUGCCCAAAGAAAGCUCUUAGGAGCUGGAAAAGGAAGCUUUACCAACAAUACCCCAAGAACACAACUGUAAUUAGCAAGGAAGAAAUCCUGACAACGUGGAAAGGCAUUACCAAUGAGAAGCUUUACUGCUACAUGAAUGCCAUACUUCAGUGCCUGAUGGCUAUUCCAGAGUUUGUUCAAUAUUUUACUCAAGAGCAUAAGGAGUGGGAUAAGCCUGAAGAGAAGAAGGAUUCGAUCAGUGGAAAGAUCGAGUAUGCUGAUAAGUUCCCGUUUUGUAGAGCAACACGCAAGAUGAUCUUUGAUUAUUUUGAUAAGGAUGAGGAGAAGAUAGAUAUUACUUAUUUUAAGGAACUAUUUGAAGAAGAUUUUGAUCCUGAAUAUCAGCAUGAUUCUUCUCAGUUUUUAUCUAAUAUGCUUGAUAAAUUGAAGAGUGAACUCAAUCCAACGGCGGAGCCAUUUAAAAACUCAGGCUACACAAAUAAAGAAGAAGCUGUAGCAAAGUAUGAAGAAGAAAAUUAUUCAAUCAUUGAUCAACUCUUUACAGGAUUGUAUAUGAUCAGUUACAUAUGAAAGGAAUGUUCUAAAUAUACAUUUACAUAUGAGCCAUUUGGGAAUGUCGGUCUUGAAUGAAAUACAAGAUAUCCUGAUAGGGGAUUCAACAAUUUUAUGAAAUCGGAUUAUAUCACCCAAUAUUCUGAAUUUUACUGAAGAAAAUGCAAUAAUGUUGCGAAAUGCACUAUCAGAAAAAAGACUGUAAUGCAUCCUAAAUAUUAUGCUUUGGUAUACCAAAGAACAGACCCAAUGACAAAUAAGAAGAUUUGUGAUUUUAUGAAAUAUAAACAUAACUUUGAGUUGAAGGACCCUAAUUUUAGAAAUAAGACCCUUAGCUAUGGAAUUCUUGGAAUUGUAAGCCAUGAUGGGGACAGUCUUGAUUCAGGACAUUAUGUUGCAUUCACAAAAAAGAAUGGAAACUGGAAGUUUAUUAAUGACGAUUAUUUUGAUGAAAGAACACAGUAUUGGGACUCAUACAAAAGCGACUACACCUUGAUUUUUAAGAGAUAUUAAUGAAAUAAAAAUUAAGUUUAGUAAAGUAAAAUAACGGAAUGGAAA